AUGGAGCCUUAUAUAUGGAUAUUUUUAUUAUUUGCCCUGCACAGCAACAACUUCCUGACCGUCGCUGACCAAACAGUUUUCAUGUCUUACCCACAAGCCCACACAAUCUUCCAGAGACAUAAGCGUGCCAACGCAUUCUUUUGGGAGGAAUUUUUUCAGGGAAAUUUGGAAAGAGAAUGCCAUGAGGAAAAGUGUAACAAAGAAGAAGUCCGAGAGGUAUUCGAGGACAACCAGAAAACAGACAACUUUUGGACAAUAUACUAUGAUGGGGACCAGUGUGACUCUAAUCCUUGCCAACAUGGUGGCACCUGUAAAGACAUGAUAGGUGGCUACGCUUGCAAGUGUCCUGACAUGUACAUUGGGCUCAACUGUGAAAAGGAUAUAUCAGAAUGCCCUUCAGAAGGCCCUCUGGCUUGUGAACACUUCUGCAAGCCCAUGCAAGGAUCAUUCCGUUGUUUCUGUGCCAAGGGCUACAGCCUUCAAAGCGACGGCAGGAGCUGCAUACCUCAAGUUCAGAACCCCUGUGGGAACCUGGGCAUCUCCUCUGACACUUCUGCAAGUCUGAAUAUGAACCAAAAUGACCUCAGCAACAAGGUCUGUCCCCAAGGACACUGUCCAUGGCAGGUGACCUUUGUGGAUGGCAAUGGUGAAGUAGUAUGUCACGGUGCAAUCCUGGGAAAGAGGUCUGUGCUAACUACAGCUGGAUGUAGGACAGCAGACAAAGACCUUUCCAUGGUCUUUGCAGGCCAAUCAAAUGAAAAACGGAAUGCUUCAAAGGCAAUCCUUCAUAAGACACUUCAUAAGAGGUACAUAUCAGGUCAUCCCGACGACGACUUGGCUUUUUUGAUGCUAAAGGAGCCAGUUAUCCUAGGUUUGGACACUAUGCCCCUCUGCCUCCCAGAGAAAGACUUCAGUGAGAACAUCUUGAUGAAAAGUGGCAGAGAGGGUGUGGUGGUGGGUGGGGACAGUCACGCUUCAUAUGUCUCAUUGGAUGACUGCCAUGCCACACUCAACCUGACUUUCUCCUUGACCAAUAAGAUGUUUUGUAUGGAGGAACAAAAGCCAGCACUUAUCCCAUGGAAAAGGUUACAGCUCAGAAAGGUUAAGUGUGAUCUUAAGUCUGGGACUCCUGUUGCUACAGUGGAAGGAAACACAGCUUUUCUGACUGGACUCUUUGUGUCUGAAAACGACUGUAAUCAGGGACUAGUGUUCACCAAAGUCUCACGCUAUCUACAAUGGAUACGUCAACUACUUAUGAUUUCUGAGGCGGAACAGAGAUGACAUAUGAAGUCAAAA